CAGCUGGUUGAUUCAUCGUUUGCCGGGGCAAAUAGGUGAUGCAUUUGUUUGCGAUUUUCAAUCAAAACUAGCAAAACCCCGGACUUUCUGAGGUGUUCGUAAUAAUUUUGCUAUUCUGAAGGAUGUCGAAAGCCGCUAGAGCAGUAAAAAAUGUGAGGAAGGUGGUGGAAAAGAUCGAACACAAGAGCAAACUGCGCACCAACAUUCCUGCCGGCAUGGCCGUUGCAGGUCCACCUUUAGGACCUCAACUGGGACAGAGAGGCAUUAAUGUUGCGGCCUUUUGCAAAGACUUCAACGAAAGAACAAAGGACAUGAGAGAGGGUGUCCCACUGCCCUGCAGAAUCUGGGUGAACCCUGACAGAAGUUACAGACUAGUUAUCCAUCAACCGCCCACCACAUUUUUUGUAAAACAAGCUGCUGGAAUAACGAGGGCGGCAAUGUAUCCUGGCAAAGAAGUGGCCGGAAAAAUCACACUGAAACAUGUGUAUGAAAUAGCUAAAAUCAAAGCGCAAGACCCGCCGCAAGAGUUCAAAACCAUGGAGAAAAUUUGUGCCGACGUAAUUGGAACAGCUCAGUCGUGUGGUAUUGAAAUCGUCAGAGACUACGACCCUGAGGAAUAUGCAGAGCAUCUAAAGGAGAGGGCCGAAGUGGUGGAGCAGCAGAAGAAGGAACUGCAGGAAAUCAAGGAAGCCAAGAUGAUGAGAACUGCAUAGUGACUAAGUGUGGUUAUCAGUGCAUUAGUAAUAUCAAGAAGUCACCGUUAUGUUGUUAGUUUUAUCAAUAAACAU